CUUCUGUAUUGGCACACUUUUUACCCGAAGUAUGGCGCUGUCGUCCGCCAACUGUCUGUCACGCAUCAGCAGCAACCGUACCGUGGUGAAGCUGGGAUGGGAAAAGACGGCUCCUACACUGUGGGUAAAGGAAACGAUUCUGCAUCCCCGGUACGAGGAAAGCACGCUGCGAAAUAAUAUCCGAAUAGUGAAGAUUGAUGGUGAAGUGGAUUCGAAAACGGGCAAAGUGCCUGCCUGUCUGUGGCACAAUCAAACCCACACACCGUUCCAUAUGCGGCAGUUUAUGCUGUCAGAGUUACAGUACCUGAACAGCUACCCGAAAUAUAACACAGACUGUGAGGCGUACCAGCACUUUGGCAACCGGAGCCUGGAAGCUACGCAACUCUGUGCCGAUUUGGAGCUGGAGUUACAGGCGAUUGAAACGGGUAAGCCAGCGUUUUGGCAGAAACAGCUUGCAGAUGGUGGCGGGGUGUCCACUAUCUGGUCGGGAUUGUGAGCUAUGUUUUCCCGAUGACGACGGUGCAGACAAGGGUCGAAUCAUACGUCGAUUGUAUCAAGAUGCAUGAGUAGUUGAGAGAGAGAGAGAGAGAGAGAGAGAGAGAUAGAGAGAGAGAGAAAGAGAGAGAGGGAGAGAGAGUGAACUACGUGGAGCUCUUUUGCUCCUUGCCAGUUAUUUCUAUGUAUGCUAUAGUCUUCUUUGAUAUUCUCUUUAUUCUUACUGUGUAGGAUUGCGCCCCACACUAGAUAGUUAAAACUCGCGACUCGAGUUUUCUAAGGGAGCAAAAAUCAGCACAGAUACCAUAUUCACCGGAGAGCG